UCGAGAGUAGAAAUUUAAAGUAAUCAUUGAUUUUAUCAAAAUAGUGUGAUUAUUUAAUUAAUUUUUUUAUAUUUGAGCAGAUAUCAUUAAUAUUAUUAUGUGAAAAUGAGCCUUUACUAUAUGGCAAUAAUUUAAAUGGGACAUUUACCCCUAAUUAUAUAUAACAAGUUAUUUAUAGUACCAUCACCAUUCGAUUGCUCUCAAGUGCUCAGAAGUUUGAAAACUCUUGCACUCAGAAUGAAACAACAUUCAGAAAGUUCUCUCCAGAUUGCAAAGUACCUUGAAAGCCACCCAAAAGUUGAAGGUGUAAUACACCCAGGUUUGCCAAACCACCCGCAUUAUGAGCUAACCAAAAGAAAAACAAGUGGUGAUAGUGGAAUAUUUUCCAUUUACAUUAAGGGCAAUUUGGAUUCUUCGAAGAAAAUUUUGCAAUCGUUGAAAAAGUUCACACUUGCUGAAAGUUUAGGAGGUUAUGAAAGUUUGGCCGAGUUACCCAGUGUUAUGACUCAUGCCUCAGUUCCACCAGAGCAGAGAGAAAAGUUGAGAAUAACUGAUAACUUAAUUAGGCUUUCAGUUGGUUUGGAGGAUGUGAAAAGUCUAAUUUUGGAUUUAGAGCAAGCGUUGAAGGCUAUUUGAAUGGAAAUAAUCAUAACUCAAGUGUCAAUAUCUGCCAAUCUGCUGUGUUGAUAUAAAUCUUAUUUCAAGUAUGAUUCUUUUAUAAAGCUUUUUCUUUGAACUUGCUCAGGGUUUUGUACCUCAUUCUUUUUUAGAAUUUUACAAAUAUUGUUUAUUUGUAUAAAAUGUAAAUAAUUAUAAUUUGUAAUAUAUAAUAAAUGUUAUAGUUUAUAAUAGGAUAUAAAUUGAAAAAAUAAAUA